CACCAGCACCUGCAAGAUGGAUCUCUACAAGUUCCCCUUCGACACGCAGCGAUGCACACUCACGGUCUUGUCCUUUCUGUACAAAAUCAACCAGAUGCGUCUGUUCAUCUCCUCCGACUCCUCGGAUGUGACGACGGGGUCCCUCACCGUGUUCCAGAAGCAGGGCGAGUGGGACCUCAUCAGUGUCCACGUCUCCAAGGACAACCUCACCCUUGGCCAUCGUGAUGUGUGGGACCAGCUGGUGUAUACGAUCACCAUCACCAGGAGGCCUCAGCUGUAUGUCAUUAACUUCCUGAUCCCCAUCUUGGUCUUCCUGGUUCUUGAUCUGGUGUCCUUCUUCAUGAACGAGUCCAGAGGGGAGAAGUUGAGCUUCAAGGUCACCAUCCUACUGGCCAUCUCUGUGCUGCUGCUCAUCCUCCAUGAUAUCCUGCCCUCCACACACCAGAAAACACCUGUUAUUGGGAUGUUCUGCACUGGGGUCUUCUUGUUUGUUGGCUGCAGCAUCGUGGAGACGAUCACGGUCAGUUUCCUGAUCCGCAUGGCCUCCAAGUGUGAUGGUGAUGCCAAGGCUCUCAGCUGGAGGACCCUACGGAGGAGAGAUGGGCGAGAGGGCAGCAAGCCAGGUGAGUCUGCAGCUGACAGCACAGGAGUGGAGCAUCAUCUGGAGAGGAAGGAGGACGAUUCAUCUGUGCUGCACCUCAUCCUGGCUGAGCUGCAGGUGUUGCGAACACACAUGUCCUCCGAUCACCCAAAGCAUCAUGGGAAGAGCUGCCUGUACCUGAAGACAGCAGCCAAGUGGAUCAACGCUGUUUACUUCAUUCUGUAUCUCUGUGCUGCCACUGUUUUUCUAGCUUUGAUCGGCAAAGAGUGGUUUAACUAGCUGUGUGAGUAAAUUGAUUGAAAAAUAAAAACAAAUGAACAUAAUAUAUCAAAUCUGUUCCAAAAGGAGAGAGGAUGUUGGUCAAAAUUAGGACUGUCAGCAAUGCAAUUAGGGACAAAGCUUUAAAUUUAUGUCACAAAAUAUUUUAUUUUACACCGUCACUUAUUCUGUUAUCACCAAUUUGCUUUGGCUGAUACUAUUUUAACCGUGGAUGUAAUUACUUCAAAUGGUGUGUGUAACA